AUGUCCAUCGCGAGGAUCCUGGCCGUCCUGGCUCUGGUCUUGAGUCUGUCAGGGGGCGUCGUGAAAGCCUGGCCCAUCUACUACUCCCAGGUCUCCUCACCCUUGAGCCGUGCAAGCUCACAAUACCGCAUCGACCCCGACUGGGCAGCGCAACAUGUGUUGGCAGGAAGCGCCACAUACGGCCUCAAUUUCCCCGGAGAGUACGAUUACGCCGCAUUUUAUUGUCAGAACCUCUGUGACGGGACAAGGGGUUGCAAGUCCAUGUUCACGAGCUUCGACAGCAGUAGGCCCGCAGCUCCAAAGUCCUGGGGCGUCUGCACUGUGUUCGAUGCGCCGCUUGAGCCGCGGCUGUAUGUCGAUCAAAGCGACGGAAACUUCCCUGCUGUUGGUGGCUACAACAAGUUCGGCUCGCCCAUUGGAUGA